GGUCGAAGGAAGAAAGAAAAGGAACUAACCAUGGACUAACGCACAUGCACAUGACCUGGUUAUCUCUCGGUAAUCGCCCUAAAUUAACUUCGUAUUAGGCACAACGGUCGUCUAAUAUAAUAUAAUAUAAUAUUAGUGAAACUAUUAGAUGAUGCACUUGAUCGUUUUGAUUCAAACAUAUAUCGGCCGAAACUGUGAUCUUUGGAUAUUCUUUACUGCUUCUCUUCAAUAUUGCAUAGAGAACUAACUCUCCUCCCUUUCAAUAACAAUGGCCGAAACUGUGAUUUCUGUGAUCGUACAGCUUCUGGGUUCUCUUCCUCUUGAAGCGAUAAUAAAUGAAGUGAAUGUGCUAAAAAGUGUUCAAAGAAGAGUGGAAAAUUCAACGAGAAAUCUGAGGUCAAUUCGAGCUGUACUCCAUGACGCCGAGAACAAAAGAUGGAGUAGCGGCAGUGAGAGUGUGAAAGUUUGGCUGGAGACACUUGAAGAUGACUCUCAAGAGAUGGCUGACGUUCUCGAUAGAUGGAACACUCUCAUUCUCAGAUCCCAAAUCGAGACAGGCGAAGUUCGAGAGCGGAACUCUACGACGGUUAGUUGCUUCGUGCAUUCUUCUUGCUUUUGUUUUCGUAAAGCUAAUCAGCUCAUUUCACACCGUGAGAUUGUUCACCAAAUUGAAGAAAUCGAAAUCAAAGCAACUAGUGCUGCUACUCAAAUAGGUCCCUUAGGCCUGAUAGUGAGCACAGGAGUCACUCGUGACUUAAAAUUUGUGGGCAGAUUAGAAACUACUUCAUUUGUUGAUGAAAUAGAAAUUCAUGGUCGAGAUUUGGAUAAGAAGGCCUUGUUAGAAAUGUUAAUGCCCGAUGGCCCUCAUGGCCAGGGUGGACCGUUAGAGGUCAUCUCUGUUGUGGGGAUGGGAGGGCUUGGCAAGACUACUCUUGCACAACUGGCAUUUAAUAAUGAAGUCGUUCAAAAUCACUUUCCUAAAAGAAUUUGGGUAAGUGUCUCUGAGCCUUUUGACCUACUCAGCAUUGCAUCAGCAAUUAUUGAGAACCUUCUUAAAGAUUAUGAGCUUCCAAUCCGAGAGGGAGAUGAGUCGAGUCAAACAGAAUGUAAUGUGCCCCCUAAAUUUCAAACAUUACAAGCAGCCUUUGAUUGGAUCUCGAGUCGUCUAGGUAAAGGGCGAUUUCUUCUUGUGCUAGAUGAUGUGUGGAACGAAGAGCAUAGCAAGUGGGAACCAUUAGAGAUAGCUUUGAAGAAAUUAGAACGAGUAGGAAGUAGAGUGUUGGUUACCACACGAAAGGAGAGUGUAGCACGUGUGAUGGGAGCCAGCACUUCUCAUAUCAUCAAGUUAAAAGAGUUGAGCCAGAACGAAUGUCAAUUAAUAUUUGAACGGCGUGCAUUCAAGGAUAGAGAAAAUGAAGAAAUCGAAGAAUUAAGAGAUUUAGGUUUCCACAUUGUGAGCAAGUGCAAAGGGUUGCCUCUAGCAGCAAAGACUUUGGGUGCUCUCAUGCAUUUUAAGAGAACUAGACAAGAAUGGGAGGAUGUUUUACAGAGUCACUUGUGGGAGUUGAAUGUUCGUGAAGUUGAGCAAUAUCUUUUUGGUCCAUUGCUAUUAAGUUAUCUUGAUUUAUCUUCUUUGGAAAAACGUUGUUUAUUACAUUGUUCCAUUUAUCCAAAAGAUCAUUUGAUCGACAAGAGACAACUAAUUGAAAUGUGGAUGUCAGAAGGUCAUCUAAAUUCAGAAGAAGAAGGGGUGAGUGUUUUUCAGAAUUUAACAAUGCGAUCUUUCUUUCAAGAUUUUCAAGAGGAAAAUAACGUAUAUGAUGAUGGUAAUGUAGUUUGUAAGAUGCAUGACAUAUUACAUGACUUCGUUCAAUAUUUGACAAAAAGAGAAUGUGAGAUCCUAGAAGCUUUAAAUAUUAAUUUGGAUGAUCAGAGGAGGAGGUUAAGACUCGGUGAUCAAAGGAUCCGACAUUUGACCAUAACAAUGGAAUCUGAAGCUCAGUUUCCUAAUAUGAAAUUGAGUAGUGACAAUAAAAAGUUUUUGCACACCUUUCUUAUUUUAAGGCAGGGAGAUAUCAGUGUUUCUAUUGAUAGCUCCACGUUCUUAAGUUUAAGAUAUCUUCGGAGUUUAAAUUUGUCAAAAUGUGGGCUCAAGAGAUUGCCAGAGAAUAUUGGAGAUUUAAUACAUUUGAGAUAUCUUGAGGCCACAAACAAUCCUUUGGAGAAAUUGCCUAACACAAUUUGUAACUUAUGCAACUUGCAAACUUUGAGAUUGGAGUCCGGUUGUCCAUCACUACUAGAGCUACCGGAAGGAAUUGGAAAGCUAGUCAACUUGAGGUCUCUGUAUCUUUGGGGCUGCAGUUACAGUUUCAAGGGACUGCCAAAAGGGUUUUCUGGGCUAACUUCAUUGAGAACUCUAGAUUGGUUUCAAGUUCCCGAAGACAAAACAAAAUGCUUAACUCUAAGAGAGUUGACUAGGAAGAUGAAUUGCAGUAAGCUCAAAAUUAACCAACUCACUCUGCAUUUGAACAGGCUUGUAGAUAAAGAAGAUGCGGCUGCGGAUAACAAGGUUGAUCUAACCGCAUGGGAACACAUCAAUGAACUCAUCAUAUACCCAAGGAUAGAAGGUCAUUUGCUCGAUGAUGCAAUGGAAUUCUUCGAACCUCAUCCAAAGUUGAAAGUUUUAAAAAUAAGAGAUUCUAUAAGCCAUGUAUUCUCUCCAAGAUGGAUAAUGUCCUUAUUGCUUUUGCGUGAGAUUGAAUUCUAUGGUUGCCAUGGCUUAAGGACAUUACCUGCAGCUGUAGGGAAACUACCAUCUCUAGAGUCACUCCAUUUCUGGGGUUUGAGUGUCACAAGAGUCGGCCCUGAAUUACUGGGAAUAAUGGAUGAACAAGUCUCAUCAUCAGUCAACUGUACUCUGUACCCCAAGCUAAAACAUCUCAAAAUUACAAGCGCAGACAUCUGGGAAGAAUGGGAGACAGAAGUAUCUUGCAGUGUAUCCAUCAUGCCAUGUCUCCAAUCCUUACAUUUUCUGUAUUGCCAAAAGCUUCGAGUACUACCUCGCUUCCUUCGAAAGGUGCCGUUGCAGUUUAUAUACAUGCAUGCUUCAUAUGGUCUCGACGGCAUCUGCAGAACAAGGGACGAGAAUGAAUGGCCCAAGAUUUCUCACGCCCAAAACAUCCUCGUCCACGACGUACAUGUGCAAAUGGACGGUCGUUACGUCUACGAUGAAAUUUGAACACUACCGUUGGUUUCAAUCCAUGAAUUUUCAGAUUGUCAAGGUAGUCGCUCAUCGGUGGCACACCUCGCUGGAGUACUUUAUUUCAAGUUUGGUAAUAGAGAGAGACGAAUCUAUUGUUUUGUUAACUAAUAUGAUUUUGUGGAUUGCUUAAUCUUCAUUUUGCUGUUCAAAUCUAUUUGUCUCCUUAUUUGGGCCUGCGUGCCUUGGUAUUUGGGCAUGUGUGCCUUUUCUUGUGGGGCUGCUUGUGCGGUUGUAUCAUUUGGUUGGUGUCUUUUUUAUUUCUUUCUGUAAAACAUUGUACUUUAUUUUCUUUUUUCCUUUUCAAGAUAUGAACACUUUCUGGGAUUUUUUAGCA